AUGGCGACGACAUCAGAAACCCCAGCCCGAAAUAUUGACGCUGAGAUUACAAAAUAUAAAGUCGCCGCCGAGAUCGUGCAUAGUGUGAUGCAAAAGCUGGUGGCUGGUGCCGUGGAAGGCAAAAAGGUCCUUGAUCUCGUCAUUGAGGGAGACGAGGCAUUAGAGGCCGGCGCUGCAGGCGUGUAUAAUAAAAAGGCAAAGGGCGCGGCGAUACAAAAAGGUAUCGCCUUUCCUACAUGCAUAUCGGUCAACAACGCCGUGGCGCAUUUCUCGCCACUCAAAUCGGAUCCACAAUCAGAUACCGUUUUGGCAAAGGGAGACGUGGUCAAGAUUCAACUCGGGGCCCAUAUCGACGGAUAUGCUGCAACCUCUGCCGAGACCCUGAUUGUAGGAGCGACAGAGGAUGAGCCUGCCACUGGUCGAGCUGCAGACGUCGUCAAGGCUGCCUGGACAGCAGCAGAAGCAGCUAUGCGCCAUCUCAAAGUAGGAGAAAAGAAUUAUGGCGUUACGGAGAUUGUGGACAAGGUCACCGCGAUCUGGGACUGCAAGCCGGUUGAAAACAUGCUUUCUUGCCAAUAUGAGCGAAAUGUCAUUGACGGCAAGAAGAAGAUUAUCCUGAACCCAGGCGAACAGCAAAGGCGUGAUGUCCCCAACGAGACAUUUGGAGAAAACGAGGUGUAUGGUAUCGAUAUCCUCGUCGUCAGCGCUGCCGACGGAAAGGCAAGUUACACCCAGGCGUUGAUGCAGCACGCUAACAGAUUACAGAGCCGUUCAGAGGACUCGAGAUGUACAAUCUACCAGCGCGUAUCCGAUGUCAAUUAUCAGCUCAAGAUGAAAACUUCGCGCGCAGUCUUCUCCGAAGCACAGAAGAAAUCGGGCGCGUUCCCAUUCAACAUCCGAUGCCUCGAAGAUGAGAAGAAGGCCCGUAUGGGCCUACAAGAGGCAGUUCAGCACGGCCUAGUUCGAGAGUACCCCAUCGCGUACACUGCUCAAGGUACAUAUGUUGCCGGAUUCACUUCACGAUCGCCCUACUCCCCGCCCCCAAUCUGGUACAAGCCGGAGAAGGUGAAGACGGAGAAGGAAGUACAGGAUGAGCAACUCAAAGAGCUACUCGUCCGCCCACUGAGGGAGAGCAAGAAGGAUAAAAAGGCGAAGAAGAAGGCAGAGAAGGAGGAUGAGGAAUAA